UGUUGGAACCCGUGAGAAUGAGUGAUCCGUGCUCGUUGUAGGAUCUCGGUAAAUGGCCAUCAUAAGAUGACUGAAUUGGAUGAUGAAAAUAAGGGCAUCAAGCCUGCUGCCUAUGAAAGAAUAGUACUGAAGAAUGUUUCUCAAUAUCAUUAUUUGAAGAUCCAUUUGGAAUUUGAAGAAGCUGGCAUAAGUUUAAAUGCUGUUGAUUUCAAGCAACUUAUCAUCUCUGCUUUGAAACGGCUCCAUGGUGAGGUUGGUUCUGCGUUGCCUGUUGAUGUUUUGACAUAUGAGGAAAAAACAUUGACUGCCAUACUUAGAGUAUCUAAUGCUGGCCUAGCAAAACUGUGGAGUGCUCUGUCACUGCUUGGUUCUUACCAGAACAGAAAGUGUGCCUUCAGGGUGAUACAGACUUCUCCAUUUCUUCUUGCGUUAGCUGGGAAUAGCAGAGAAAUGGUGCUAGCUUAAUUAUUCGGUUGAUUUUGGUUUGUAUAACACCAAAAUGCUGAUGACAUUGCCCAAAUACAGAUUUUUUUGUGUGAGACUCGGGAGAAUAUUUUCCACAAAGCCAAGCGUGUCCAUGCCAUUCUUCACUCAACACCGUGUUCAGCUUUUACACAUAAAUGUUGGAGACAAAGCUGAAAUAAUUAAGACGUUCACCUCAAAGGAUAUUGUUACCUUUUCUGAAUUAACAGGGGAUACAAACCCAUUACACUUGGAUGAAGAAUAUGCAAAGAAAUCAAGAUUUGGGAGAACAGUUGUACAUGGUGUUUUGAUCAAUGGACUUAUUUCAGCUGUCCUAGGUACAAAAAUGCCUGGGCCUGGGUGUAUCUUCCUUUCUCAGGAAAUUAAUUUUCCAUCUCCUUUAUAUGUUGGAGAAGAAGUCUUGGCUUCAGCAGAAGUGAAGAAA